AUGAGCGACGAGAUAGAUGAUGACCGGUCACUGAACAAGCCACGAUGCGUCAAACCAAGACCGCCCGCCACCAAGCGUGGCAUGACCGAGACGGGAUCGGUGACGAUUCCUAAAAAUAUCACCCCGGCAAGACUUGAAAAGAUGUUCCCUGCCCUUUCCCACCUCGUCAUCUUGUCUGAGGUCGAUUUCGCUGGCGUAUCUUUGCUGUGGAACAGGCCCACUCCAUCGAGCGACGACAAGCUAGACUUGGCCUCCAUCCCACGAUUGCCGUCCUUUAAGAAAGAGGAGGACGACUACUUGGACUUAACCUCCAUCCCCCAAGCUGAGCAGGCCAACGAGGGUCAGGGGUCUUACCCACACCCAUACAGACUGCGCUUUGCAACUCGCCGGGAGGCACAUGAACGACGUAUCGCCGCCGAACGAGGCGAGCUCGUGGUCCAGUCCAACGACUGGUUGAGGUUCUGGAAGUACUUCGUCGCCAUCUCCAAAACACACCUAUGUGACCUCUUCACCUGGGGUUUAUGUUCCGACCGUGCCGAGACCUACACCACUAUCCACCCCUCACCGAGCUCCUACCACACCCCAUCUGGGAAGGCCGUGUCGCCAACCUUAGAUAAGUCUUACAGACCGUCGUGGGUCGCCCGAUCCCCGACCAUAUGGCAGUGUUUGGAGAGCAACGUCUUUGUGUUUGGAGGACGGCUAGCCAAGAUGAUGAUCUAG